AUACCAUGGAGCGGCUGGUCUUGUGUGUGUUGGUGUUCGGAGUGCUGGUGAAGGGACACAACUGCCCAGGCCGCUGCAUCUGCCAGAAUAUCUCCCCCACCCUGACCCUCCUCUGUGCCAAAACGGGGCUCCUUUUCGUACCGCCCACCAUUGACCGCAAAACCGUGGAGCUGCGGCUGACGGACAACUUCAUCACCAUCAUACGGAGGAAGGACUUCUUUAACAUGACCAGCCUGGUCCACCUCACCCUGUCCCGCAACACCAUCAGCCAGAUCACUCCCCAUGCCUUCCUGGGCCUCCGCUCCCUGCGUGCCUUGCACAUGGACGGAAACCGCCUGAGCACCAUCAAGAGCGACCACUUCAAAGGACUGAUCAACCUCCGCCACCUCAUUCUGGGCAACAACCAAAUCCACCACGUGGCCCCGAGCUCCUUCGACGAGUUUGUGGCCACCAUCGAGGACCUGGACCUCUCCUACAACAACCUCCGGACCCUCCCGUGGGAGGCCAUCGCCCGGAUGACCAACAUCAACACCCUCACCCUGGACCACAACCUCAUCGACCACAUUGAGGCCGGCACCUUCACCCUCCUUACCAAGCUGGUGCGCCUGGACAUGACCUCCAACCGGCUCCAGAAGCUGCCCCCGGACAGCCUGUUCCAGCACGCACAGGUGCUAUCAGACGCGAAGGGCUCCAACCCGUCCUCGCUGGCGGUGAGCUUCGGGGGGAACCCGCUGCACUGCAACUGCGAGCUGCUCUGGCUCCGCCGGCUCACCAGGGAGGACGACCUGGAGACGUGCGCUUCGCCGGAGCACCUCAUGGACAAGUACUUCUGGUCCAUCCAGGAGGAGGAGUUCAUCUGUGAGCCCCCGCUGAUCACUAAGCACCACGCCACCAAGCCCUAUGUGAUGGAAGGCCAGGGGGUGACGCUGAAGUGCAAGGCCAUGGGCGACCCUGACCCCGCCAUCCACUGGCGCUUCCCCGAUGGCAAGCUGGUGCACAAUAGCUCGCGGACCGUCCUGUACGACAACGGGACCCUGGAUAUCCUCAUCACCAUGCUCAAGGACAGCGGGGCGUUCAACUGCGUGGCGUCCAACGCCGCCGGUAUCGCCACCGCUGCCGUGGAGGUCAACAUGAUCCCGCUGCCCCUCUUUGUCAACAACACGGGCCAUAUAAAGGAGGCCGACCCUGGCUCAUCGGAUAUUACCACCUCCUCCAAGUCCGGGAGCAAUGACACCAAGAACCAGGACAAGAGGGUGGUGGCGGCCGAGCUGACCUCCUCUUCGGCGGUGAUCCGGUGGCCGUCUGAGCGCCACAUCCCGGGCAUCCGCAUGUACCAGAUUCAGUACAAUAGCACCUCUGACGACACGCUGGUGUACAGAAUGAUUCCCUCCACCAGCAAGACCUUCCUGGUGAAUGACCUGGCGGCCGGCCGGGAGUACGACCUGUGCGUUCUGGCGGUGUACGAUGACGGGAUCACCUCCUUGACCGCCACCCGGGUGGUGGGCUGCGUCCAGUUCAACACGGCCAGCGAGUCCAGCCAGUGCCGCUUCAUCCACAGCCAGUUCCUGGGCGGCACCAUGAUCAUCAUCAUCGGGGGCAUCAUCGUGGCCUCCGUGCUGGUCUUCAUCAUCAUCCUCAUGAUCCGCUACAAGGCGUACAGCACGCCCGAUGAUGGGGGCAAGGCCAAGGUGAGCAACAUGCACUCGCAGACUAAUGGGAGCCAGGCGGCCCUGCGUCGUUCCGCCUCCAAGCAGCCGGCCGAGGACGGCCACUGCGAGGGCUCGUCCGCCAAGGAGGCCAAGCAGUGCAAGGCGCUGGUGCUGAAGGUGGACUGCGAGGCCCGGGAGGGCCCGCCGCCCACCACCGCCAUCCUGGAGGUGGAGCUGCCGCCGCUGCCGCCCCCCGCAGCCGACAAGGCUGCGCGACGGGCCAGCCUGGACGCCUCGCGCUCCUGCCCCCUGUCCGAGGACACGCAGACGGACAGCAGCCUCACGGGCUCCACCAUGUCGCUGUGCCUCAUCGGGCCCAACGCGGGCACCAAGGAGGCCCCUCGGCUAAAGGACAAAAAAGGCGCGCUGGCAAACAUCGGGCUCCUGCCCAACGAGCUGGCAAGAACUAGGCACCGUUUCUCCUUCGACGGGGACUACUCCCUGUUUCAGAGUCACAGCUACCCCCGCCGGGCGCGGACAAGGAGACACAAGUCCUCCAACCAGCUCAACGUGGACUCCUCGCCUCUGGCCAACCGCAGGGUGACUUUUAGCAGCACAGAGUGGAUGCUGGAGAGCACGGUUUGAGGGCCGUGCCGGGCUUCACCACUCCUCUUUUUGGGUACAUGGGGAGAGUCGCCGGCCACGCCAGUUCUGUACGCAGCCGUGCCUUAUUCAAAAAGAUGUACCAAUAGAGGAUGCUGCUAAGUUUG